UAUAAUUGAGUUUUAUACCUUUAUUUCUUUAUUUAAGACUCAAAGCUGCAAAAAAAAGAAUAGUUGGCUGGAGGUUAAACUUAAUUGGCUUAUUUCUUUUUUGAAUCUGAACAUACUAGAGAGAGCAGAGUAUCUUGAAAUUCUGCUCAGGAGGAUUCGAAGUAGAACUAAGAUAAGUGAAAGAUGAAAGUGGCAGUGAUUGGUUCUGGUAUUAGUGGUUUGGUCUCAGCCUAUUUUCUUGCAAAAGAAGGCGUUGAAGUGGUUCUAUAUGAGAAAAAAGACUACCUGGGUGAUCAUGCCAGGACUGUCACAUAUGAUGGUGUUGAUUUGGACCUUGGUUUCAUGGUCUUCAAUCAUGUAAUGUUUCCAAAUAUGAUGGAGUUCUUUGAGAGCCUUGGAGUGGAUAUGGAGACAUGCAACAUGUCCUUCUCAGUGAGUUUAGAUAAAGGACGGGGCUGUGAAUGGGGUAGUCGAAAUAGUCUCUCAAGCUUGUUUGCAGAAAAGAAGAACUUGUUCAACCCAUACUUCUGGAAAAUGCUUCGAGAAAUCACCAAGUUUAAACAUGAUUUGAUCAGUUAUCUUGAGGUGCGUGAGAGUAACCCAGACAUUGACCGGAAUGAAACCUUAGGGCAGUUUAUUGAGUCACAUCACUACUCUGAACUAUUUCAGAAGGCUUACCUUAUUCCAAUAUGUAGUUCAAUCUUAUCGUGUCCUUCAGAAGGAGUUAUAAGCUUCUCAGCUUUCUCUGUGCUUUCGGUUUGUCGCAAUCAUCAUCUACUUCAGCUAUUUGGCGGCCCACAGUGGCUUACCAUCAAAUGGGGUUCACAUUGUUAUGUGAAGAAGGUGAAAGAAGUGUUGGAGAGUAAAGGGUGUCAGAUAAGAACCGGCUCUGAGGUGCAUAAAGUUUCCACAACUGAUGACGCAGGUUGCACUGUUUUUACUGGAGAUUGUUUUGAGGAAAUUUACAAUGGAUGCAUUCUAGCUAUCCAAGCCCCCAAAGCCGUGAGAAUAUUAGGAGAACAGGCAACACCGGAUGAACUGAGAAUACUUGGCGCCUUCCAAUAUGUGUACUGUGAUAUUUUCCUUCAUCGUGACAAAAAUUUUAUGCCCCAAAAUCUAGCAGCAUGGAGUGCAUUAAACUAUCUUGGAAGUACUGACAACAAAGUAUGUUUGACAUACUGGCUCAAUCAGGUUCAGAACCUCAGCGAAACACGUCAACCAUAUCUUGUGACACUCAAUCCAGAUCAUACACCAAACCACACCUUGCUUAAGUGGUCAACAAGCCAUCCGGUCCUAUCUGUUGCUGCAUCGAAAGCUUCGCUGGAGCUUCCUCAUAUUCAAGGAAAGAGAGGAAUUUGGUUUUGUGGAGCAUACCAGGGUUAUGGCUUCCAUGAGGAUGGGCUAAAGGCUGGAGUGGCUGCAGCACAUGGUAUGCUUGGGAAAGGUUGUGCCCUGUUGGGAAACCCAAAACAUAUGGCUCUUUCAUUGACAGAAACAGUGGCACGCCUAUUUGUUACUACAUUUCUUAGACAUUAUAUAUCUACCGGAUGUUUAAUCUUAUUAGAAGAGGGAGGCACAAUGUUGACCUUUGAGGGAAGCAGCAAGGACUGUUCUCUAAAAUCCGUUCUCAAAGUUCACAGUCCUCAGUUUUACUGGAAAGUAAUGACACUGCAGGCUGAUUUAGGCAUUGCAGUUGCAUAUAUCAGUGGCGAUUUUUCUUUCAAUGAUAAAGACCGAGGUCUUCUAAAUCUUUUUAUGCUUCUCAUUGCCAACAGAGAUUCUAAUGCCUCAAAAUCAAACAACAAAAGAGGAUGGUGGCAGCCUUUGUUUUUCACAGCCACUAUAGCCUCAGCCAGUUACUUCUUUCAGCAUGCUUUUACGCAAAAUAGUCUUGCACAGGCUCGAAGGAACAUUUCUCAUCAUUAUGAUCUGAGUAAUGAACUAUUUUCGCUGUUCUUGGGCGAAACAAUGAUGUAUUCCACUGCAAUAUUUAAGACAGAAGAUGAGGAACUGAAUACUGCACAGCUUAGGAAAAUCUCUACUCUCAUUGAUAAGGCUAGAAUCGAUGAGAACCAUGAGGUUCUAGAUAUUGGUUGUGGUUGGGGAACCUUAGCUAUUGAAGCAGUUAAACAAACGGGCUGCAGAUACACUGGCAUCACUCUAUCUGAGGAACAACUUAAAUUUGCUGAAAAGAAAGUGAAAGAUGCUGGACUUCAGCACCGGAUCAAGUUCCUUCUGUGUGACUACCGCCAAUUGCCUUCUGACCACAAAUAUGACAGAAUCAUUUCUUGCGAGAUGCUAGAACAUGUCGGCCAUGAAUUUGUGGAUGAGUUCUUUUCUUGCUGUGAGUCUGUACUGGCAAAAAAUGGGCUUUUUAUUCUCCAGUUCAUAUCUGUGCCGGAUGAUCGAUAUGAUGAGUACAGGCAAAAUUCAGGCUACUUCAUAAAGGAAUAUAUAUUUCCUGGUGGAUGUCUACCUUCAUUAAGUAGGGUAACAUCAGCCAUGGCCGCUUCUUCUGGACUCUGUGUGGAGCACUUGGAAAACAUUGGAAUUCAUUAUUACCAAACACUAAGAUGUUGGAGAAAGAAUUUCUUAGAGAGACAGAGCAAUAGGAUCCGAAGGAUCAUCACUAAAAACUUGGUAAACCGUACGUGGAAAGCCAAGAAUAUAGAUGUCCUCUAUAUGGCCGCUACUUGCUCCCGGUGGCAAUAUCAACAUAUUGUCCACAAUUUUGAUCAGUUUUGAUCAAUUUUGAAGUUGUUCAAUUAUUUUGAUCAAUAUAUCCAACUGUACCUUAUAAAUUAUUACAUCCAAUAUAUUGUUAAUAGUCAAGGCUAACUAGUCUUUGUUUAGUUCAUAAUAUGUAAUACCUCGAAAGUCGUUAUUAAAUUGUUGGGAAUUUUGAGAAUUAAUAAAGUGUUCGUUAGUACGAUUUGGUGGUUCGAGUAUAGAACGAAAUUAUUUCAGACGAUUUAUUAAUCGAAAUGCACGUUUUAGGGGGUAUACGAAGUUUGACUUUUUAUACGUUGGGUUUCUCCGAAAACUUCCUUCACAAAAGUCAUAGAGCACGUCGAUACGAGUUCGUGUAUAUGCGGAACUCGAAAAUCGGAGUUCAUAUGAAGAAUUUAUGAGCUUCAGAAAAAGUUUCCAUUUUUGAUAAAAGGACGAAAUUUUUCAGAAAUUGCAAAAAUGCCCAGGUUUCCAAAACAGGAAACCCGAGCUCUCUUCUCUCUCCUCCCACCGGAAAUCGCCUCAAAACUUCGCCGGCUGAUAUCUCCGCCGUCCGGCCACCUCUGGACGAGCUACCACCGGCGAUGGCGUCGCCUCUUCCUCCUCUACCUCCUUGUGGUAACAUCUCAUCCCCUCUCGGCGUCUACGCGGCGGUGCAUGGCAGACCCGAUCCUUACCUCGUUUUGGGUCAACGUCGGUUUCUCCCUCCUCCGGCCACCAUAACUCGAACCACUUGGCUUUUUGGAGUCGCCUGUUGAUGCUGGUCAUGCUCCUCGAAGGAUCGGAGCUGAACUGACAUGUGGACGGAAAACGGAGGCUCGCUGGAAAACUGGGAAAUUUCCCGAUCUACAAACUGUCGAGGUAGAUUUCGACCCUUUUUACUUCGAUUCAAGCUUUGUGAUAGUUGAGAAAGUUGUUAGGCAUGUUGAGACGAAAAGUUGCAGGUAGGUUUCACCCCCUAACUCGGUGAUUGGCGGCGCUGUGCGGCGGCUUCCAGCCACCUCAGGGACAGUUUCUGUUCCUCUUUUCAAUCUACACAUCGUGCGAACAUGUUGAUGUACAAUACAUAAUUGUUGGAGUUCGUAUGAGCAUGUUAGGGUUUUAGGGUUUUCGAUUCGAUCGGUUUUCGAUCCGUGUGGAUCUGGCCAUCCGAUCGACUUGUAGUUUUGAUAUAUUGACCGUAGAACUGUUCCGGAGACUUUGGGUGGUCUUGGAUGAGGUUUCGCCUCGAUUGGCGUCACUUUCGAAUUUUUGGAUUGUUUCGAGAGUUUCGAAAUUUAAUUGUUUUUUGUGAUUCGUGUAUUGAAUCGAGGCUGUACGUUCUUUAGGUGAUUGACAGUACGUCCGGUAAUUUAUCCUAGCUGUUAGAGAAGAUGCAGCUGGAUUUAGAGGUGAGUAAAUCUCACGUGGUUCAUUUACGAACCGAAUUACUUUUUGUACGUUUUAUCACUAAAUCGUGAAAUCGUUUUAUGCAAAUAAAGAUUUGUUUUUAAAUGAUAUGAACUCGAUCGACUACGGUUCAUAGGACUGCGGUUCAUAGGUAAGAAAAUGAGUUUUUAAGUAUAAAAAUGAAUUUAUCUGUUUUUGAUGUGUGUGAACUAUAGUUGAUAUUAGUAGCCAUUCCUGAGUGGAUGACUACGUAUAUGUAUAUUUACGUGGAAUAUAUAUUUGAAUGGUGUGACAUUGGGUGAGGUAAUGAUGGUGAUUUAAUUGAAUUAUUAUUUCGAGCACUUACUCUUUACGGGAAUACAAUAUAUCAUGUAAUUGUUGAUUUUAUUGUGUUGAAGAGCUUAUUGUGUAAAAGAGUAUUUUGAGCUGAGUGUAACGGAGUACGAUUCAUUAUGUGAGUGAUUGAUGUAAUUGUAUGAAAAGAGUAUUUUGAGUUGAAUGUGACAUUUCGAGUCAAGUGGACUUUUUGAAUGUUUCGGUCUAAGGACCUUUUGUCACAUUGGUUUUGAGGCAAUUAUUAUCGUAAGGCUGAUCCUCGGCCGAGGUGACAGGUUACGAUUCAGUUAGAGCUCUAGUCUAUCUGCCACUGUACUACUUGGGGGAUAACUUUGUGUUAUCGUGUGCCUUUGAGUACAGUAUACUGCUUGGGGGAUAAUUUUGAGUUAUCGUGUGCCCAUGGGUAUAUAUUUUUAAAAGAGAGUGUCGGUGUCCUUUCUUUUGUCGUCUAUGUGGGACUUUGAUUUCGAAUGAAUUGUAGGGUUGAUUUUGGUUACUUUAAAUUACUCUUCAAUUGAGUAAUUGUAAAUGGAAUUAAAAAGGGUGAUUUCUUGGCUUUAGAUAGAGUGAGUGGGUGAGGGAUUAUCGGUUUUUAUUUAGAAUGAUUGGUUUUGUCACGGUUGUGACCUGUGUGUUCCUUAAAACGAAAAGGAUUUUAUUGUUGGAAUUAAUCAUUGUGAUGAUUGUUGUCCUCGUGUCGGAAAGACGUUUUGGGGUUAUUUAGGUUUACUCAUACGAGUUUCAAAAGCUUACCGGGUUUGUUGUUUCAACCCAGUGCACUAUUCCAUGGUGUAGGGUUAUUGUGCAUGUUAGAAUCUCGUGUAACCGUAGUUGAAGCUGAGGUGUACUUUCUGUUGCGUGGACGUUGAAGGGUACUUGUAGUUUUAAUCUUCCGCUGUUUAGUGAGAGUGAUGAGUGUGUUUACUUAUUGAAUUGUCGUUCAGUUUAAUUUGUAAACUCUUUGUAAUUAAUAUGUGACUCUAAAGAACAAGUCCGUAUUGAUGUUAGUGAGCUCAGUUUGCUUUAUCGCUUAAUUUUAAUGAAGAAUUUUCUAUGUGUUUUCUUGUACUUGUUAAGUUAUCGCGUUUCGGAUACGAAUUUUUUUAUUCGAAAUUCGGGAUGUGACAUAAUACCAGAUGAACCGUUAAGGCUGAUUGGUCUUUCUUUAGUUUAUAUCAUUACCGGAUAAGCACUAUGAAGAGUUGCCUAUACUCAAUAAAGGAAUAUAUAAUUCCUUGUGGAUGUCUAAUCUGUAAAGUAGGGUAACAUCAACCAUGGCUGCUUCCAGACUUUGGUAUAAUCUGUUAUCAUGAGAUGAGAACAAUCUCAUAAUUAGGUCUAACUUUUUGUUAUAGUGUUUUUAUUUUAAAAUUAUGAGAAUUUCAUUUCACAGUGUAGAGCGCGCACUUGAAAAACAUUAGAAUUCAUUAUAAUCAAACAGUAAGAUGUUGGAGAAAAAAUUUCUUAAAGAGUCGACAGAGUUAAAAAGUUGUAGUCUGAUGGCAAAUUUCUGUGUAAUAGAUAAAUAAGAAUUCUAUUUAUAAUGAGGUUCUUGAGGACCAUGACAUGCACGGUUUAUUAAUAUUAUGAUAUGCAUCAUAUACUUUUAAGUCUAUAUAUGGAUUGAAAAGGAUAUAAACAAUGGGCAUAAAUUUUUCAUUGCAACUUUCUUGUCUGAACAUGGAACUCCCUACUUAUUAAUUAAGCUCACUAUUGCUCUUUGUUCUUUGCUUUUCAUUGAACAUAUACUCCAACAAAAGUUUUCAUUUACAUGCGCGCGUGAGUGUCUAUAUGUGUGUGUAUAUAUAUAUCAAAUGAAAUUAAAUGGAAUAUAAUUUAUGACG